CAUGUCCCUAUGCCCUUGGAUUCACCUUCUAUGUAUGAUACAAAUGCUAAAAUAGUAGACAGCUCACCAGGCGCACCCCUCACUCCAUAUCGAUAUAUCGCCUAUACCUCCCAAGUUCGGACUAUAUUUCACGCUGCUCGGCGAUAUGCCACCCGUGCUUGCAGUAUGACAGAAAGUUUCCGAUCUGUUGAGCGCCCAUACCUGACUCGUGGAGUUUCCGCCGUCUCGUGGGCGUAUGCAAUUUAUAAUGUAGUACAUGAAGGCCACCAGGCAUAUUUGCGAAACCGUGACGUUCUUGCGCCGCCGAGCAAGGCAUAUAUGGACGCGCGGGACUCAAACAUCCCGUUAGUUCCUAGGCAAACCGUAGUGGUCAAUGCCCCCAAGUCGUCCACACUGGCACUUGAGGGUCAGAACGCAGGCUGGGACGAUGACGAUGGUUGUGUGGACAGUCUGGAACCCUGGCCGGACAGGCACAUUCCCCUGGCUGAUGACUACCGCUUCAUCAUGGUAAAGCAAGCAAUCUUCCAAGGUCUAGCAAGCAUCGGCCUGCCCACUUUCACAAUACACAGGAUUGUCAAGUAUUCCGGAAGGUAUCUAGGGCGACGAAAGACAUUAUUGGCACGGUCUUGUAUGCCCGUUGGAAUGGGUUUAUUCGCCGUCCCAUUUCUUCCGUAUAUCUUCGAUGGGCCUGUUCAUAAUCUUAUCGAGAUGGUUUCUAGCGUGGCGAUCUACACUCUCAGCGACAGGAAAUAG